AUGUGCUACGAGGAGAUAUUCUACAAAGACUGCGGGCACCCCGCCUACAAAGACCUUGUUUUCUGCGACUACCGCCGCGUCGACAGAGUCACAGGCGAGCUCGUGAGAUGCUCGAGCUCGGAGGACGGCGAGUUCUUGGACAUCAUCAGGAGCAAAGUUCCCGGAUACUGCAACAACGACGAGUGCUGGCUCAAGUCGCGUGUCAGGUACGGCUGGAGGUGCCACAAGUGCUCGCACACGAAUCGCAGAAGGAAGGGCAGGUUCUGCAGAGGCCGCAGUUGCCGCCACGAGGUCUGUGAGAGAUGCGACCCUAGCUACCUGCUGUGCUGCUAUGACGGUGUCCCGGUAGAGCGUGGCGCCAACUGUGACGCGUGUCUACGUCGGUCUUGCACCAAGUGCGAAUAUCGUUUGUAG